GUGUGUUCGUGAACUUGUUGUGUGUGUCGUGGUCUUCGCAUGUUAUGUAUGUAUGUGUCUUGUCUCUCGUGCAUUCACUGAGCCACUGGAGAGCAGCGAACGACACGACACACACACACACACUCAUGCAGCUGCACACAGACAUACAAAAACACACAGAUAUAUGUAGAUGCAAACGCGCACACGCCUUUUGGGCACGCGCACGAACGGGUCCAUUUUAAUUCGCGUUUUCAGCGCCGGCGCGUGAACGCGGGCUUGAUUUUCUUUUUUAUUAAUUAUUUUUUCCCCCCAACACGACGGGAUGUGAUAAUGUCACCGGGUUUAUUGAUACUGUAGCCAUGCGUGCGAGUUUACAGGCUGACCUUAUCGCGCUUGAUGUCAUUUUCAUCAUAUCGCGAUAACAUUCCUAAAAGGAUUUUGCAGCUCGACGGCGGUGUUUGCGCAGAAUCCCCUCUUACAAUGACACGUUAUUAUUUCGACCUUCCCGUCGUCAGGAGGAGUCAUGCCAGCAUGAGUGGGCCUUACACAGGCCCAGGAAGGGAGAGUCAUCAGACCAGCUGCCCUUUGACCCCUGGGUGUGACCUCACCGUCCUCUCCUGCCCCUCCAGACGCCAGGAUCACAGGCUUGGGCUAACCAUGUCAGGAGGCACCUCCUCACUCAAACAUGCUUCCUCUAUCUAUGGGUUCACGACGCAAAGGGACCACUCCUCCUCAUCCUCCUCCUCGUCUUCGUACAGUCCUCUCAGGAGGCUCCAGCAUCUCACCACCAUGGUGAGCCAGCCUGACCUGGUCUUGCCGCUGCGGGAGCCAGAGAGGGGAUGGGAGUGGGGGACACAUAAGAAGAAUAGGGAGAAUAUGGAGAGGGACUCCUGGGCUGAUUGCACUGGCAGGGAUCACUCUGGAACCCAGGUUACAAGCCGAGAGGCAACCGUUGUUAACAUUGCUUCCAAAAAGAAACAACCUGAGGUCCAGACGGGAAGUAGAGACACACCGGCGCCUAAUUAUACUGAUUCUGUCACUUCGGAGAAAAAGACAGAAAACUGUUUCUCAGGCCCACCCAGUCCGGCCUUCUCCCUCGAUAGUAACAGUCCCUUUGCGAACAACUUACUCCACUUUGAAUCCUCUUUGUUUGAGGAUGACGACAAUGACAUGGAGCGGAGGACCGUGCCACCUCUCAGUGGCAUUCAGGAGAAACGGGAGAAAGUGGGGAAUGUACUUCAGUCCGCCUCCGGAGACGUAAACUUGCACUCCAAAGACUCUUCUCUGACGACAGCCAAAGUCGUCACCCGCUCCCAGUCCUCCGGUCAGCGCAGGAGAUACUGGGAUGGCUCAGAGGACGAGUGGGACAGCGACACCGAGUUACUGCUAUUUGAGGAUAGCCCCUCAAGGCAUUCAAUGCCUCAGAGCAGCCUCAAGAAAAAGUCUUUGCCACCUGUGAAGUUUGUUGAGGGUGAAGUCGUUUGGGCAAAGUUCAGCCGGAGACCAUGGUGGCCCUGCGAGGUGAUUGUUGACCCCGUACAAGGAGUCUAUCACAGAGCGAAAGAGCCUAGCGACCGGCCCUGUCGGCUCUACCAUGUCAGGACGUUUGGGGAGCCCCAGGAGCUGGUUUGGGUGGAGGAAAAAUCAACUCAUACUUUCCAUGGAGGCUUUGAAUUUGAACAGCUCCUCCUACUACGGCGGAGGGGGAAACAAAGGGAGCAGAACAGCAAAUACACCAUUGCUAAGCGGUUUAAGGAAUCCUGGAAGUCCAGUGUGGCAGAAGCUGAAUCCAUUCUUCCUGAGAGACCCAAAAUGGCGUCUUCCGUGUCUUUGUCCAUAGCUGAUGCCUUCCAUGAUGCUUCCCCACUGGAAAGAGAGAAUAAGACCCAUCAAAACUUUCUUCCUGUCACUUCAUCUGUCUCCACCCAUACUGAGACGUCACACAUGACCAAUGGAUCCAUUCCAUCCCCAGUAAUUACACCCCCUGUUACAACUCCAACAAAGCCAAGCACUUUAAAGAAAUCUUCUGGAAAGAAGAAACAGAAUGAAGCAUCAAAGGAUACAAAAAGUAAACACUCUAAAAAGACAUUGAAUAAUAGUCCUGACAAAUCGGAUAGAGACAGUGAGGAGUGCCCGUACUCUGACCUUGAGUCAGUCCCUAAAAUUUUGUGUCCUAAAGCACUUGAACGUCAGCCUAAGCUAGUUCCAACUCAGCCGUCUGUUGUGGUUGUCAAAGAGGUAAAGAAGCAGCCUGAGAUUCAAAGUGGUCUUUGGUUUAGCAAAUCGAGCAAAGACAGGCGACCUAAAACAACCAGUCCAAUGCCAGACCGCAGUCUCUUCAGUAAGGUCCCCUGUAAGAAAAAGAGCUCAUCUGUUAUUAGUAAAAAGACACCAGCUUCUUGUGCCUCCUCCUCUGUCAGUGCCGCCGCCAACGAGCAGUCAGGAUUGUCGGACAAGCAGAAGACCACUGAAACAAAUCUGCCUCCUGAACAGUCAGGAAAUCUAAAGUGUAAAAACACUGUUGCUGCUAAUGGGCACUUUGGUACAGCUGGUGGUGUGGGUGAGCAGAAGUCUCUAGACUCUGAGGAUAGUGGUUGUUCAAAGGGUAGAAAGUCAGUUGCCAGUUCAGUGGAUACCAUCAGUGGCACAUGUGGCCAGUUAAGUCUUUCAGACAUUAAGAAGUCCUUAGAGGCCACCGUGAAAGAUAAUUUGAGUGAUCUAUCCAGGUUUUCAGAGAGUGCAAAGAUUGUCAGUCAAACUGAACAUUCUGAUGCGACAUCUACUAAAAAACAUUAUACAACUGAAAACAUUGCUGAGGAGGAAAAAGAGAGCAAAAAUGCUUCAGCAUCCUGUUUACAAGAUAAAACUACGGACCCAUUAGGGUGGCUAGAAACUCAAACGAGUCUGGUCUCUAAAUGUAGGCUACCCUUUGUCAAAUUAAUACGCAAGGACAUAAAAGAUAAGAAGAUCUCAAACUCCAAUACAACUAUUCAUUCCAAAGACCAACCUGGAAGCACAAAGAAAGAGAGAAGAUCAGAUACUAACAUGACUACAUUGUCAUCCAAACAAUCAAACUGGAUGGAUGGUCAGGGAAGAGCCUCAAAAGACGAGGUAGUCGCCUCCAAAAUAAAAGUCUCAGUUAAGAAAUUAAAAGCACGCGGCAAGUCAAGUAUGGUUAAUUUCUCAUCAGAAUCAUCACAUGAGAAUAUCAUGACCUCAAAUGUUUCCACUGAGGAGUUGGGUAGCCCAGAAACAGAGGGGAUACCAGUUUCAAAUGGAAGUCUGAGUACUGUGAGUUACUCAUCCUCGAACCAGUCAGAUCAGUUUGAAGGUAAAAAGACACCCGACUCUAAUGUAACAAGCAAGUCUUCUGAACAACUGGUCAGACCAGACCAAGCAACCACAUCUGUCACAUCACAUAGAACGACCGUUCCACCUUCUCACCAGCGUGCAAGGUUAGCAUGUAGAAGAGCUUAUUUUCCAGGACGUCCUUCCUCUGAGAAAACCAAGAAAGUGGCCUAUAAAUUAAAGCGUGGCCUAGAUGAAGUGAAUAAAGUCAUGCAAGAGCAGCCUGCCCACCUCCCGGCCAGCAGUCGGCUGAUGACUAGAGCGCUGAAGGCCAUGCAAGAGGCUGAGGAAAAAAAGCGUGAAAAAGUCAAAAAGGAGGCUGAACAGAAACAACCCUUGAAUAAUUUUAGAAAAUCUGAGGACCUGAGCUGCAGUCCCAAGGCCAAAUCGGACUUUUGCACUAGUAAAAAAUCUCCAAAAUCACAUUCUAAUGACAGUGUUGAGUAUGCGCCUGACAGUUUUUCCAGUUGUAGCAGCCCCCAUUUGAUUUUUUCUGAUUCCAAUGACUAUGACACAGAUGUUAAGAGUGAAGAUGAAGACCUCUCAAUUCCCUCAACUCCACCGAUGGACUUUAUACCUCUUACUUCUAAAGCAAAGGCAAAGAAGGAGGAUCGCUCCUCAGACGCAUGGUUAUCGCAUUCACCGUCUUCGCCAUUUUCUUUUAUAAAUGCCUUUAAAAAUGUUGAAGAGGUCUCUUUUCAGUCCGUGACAAAUGUAAGCAAUGGUAAACCCGUUUCUUUCAAGCCGGACACCAACUACAAGUUUAGCACCUUCCUUAUGAUGCUGAAGGACUUGCAUGACACUAGAGAGCGAGACGGUGCGCCCUUAGAACUGGAGAUUGGGCCACCAAGUGCACAUGUUAAGGAAGAGCCUUUAGUGAUGCCAGGGGAGGCUACACCUGCAGGACAAGAUCAACAAUUAGAUUUUGUUCAUAGCAUCUCAAACUCAAGUCCAGAUAAAACCAUAGUCGCACAUAAUGAGGAAGGUCCGUAUCAGAUGUCCAAGAGGCCCUACAACAGACGGGGUAGCUCAUCCAGGUGGAAAAAGAAAGCCAAUCGCAAAGUGCCUUGUCGUCGCGCCAGGUCUGGGCCUGGUUUCCCAGGACUUGAGUCAGGAAUGUCGUCCAUGCCAGCAAAGGACUCUUCAUCAACAGAAGAUUGCUCAUCAAAAAUGCCGGGCAUAUGGGAGCAGCCUGGAGGUGGUGAAGGAGCAGUCGUGGUGACAGAGGAGGACAGUUGGAGCAGAGUAAAGGAGAAUCUACAGAUCAUGGUGCCUUUGGAGCAGAAGGGUCGUGACAUUGCACUGUCUUUGGAAAAGCCUAAUGGGCUUGUGGACUGCACUAAGAAGAAGGCGAGCUUGACGCACAACACUGGAGAAGGUGACAAGGAUCCGACAGCACAUAAACGAAUAAGAAAACCAAGCAAGAGGAUGAUUGAAUGGACUGAAGAGUACGACCAGAUUUUCUCCGUGAGGAAGAAAACGAGAAAGCCUCUCCAGUUGAUUGGAAAGGCCUCUCAACCCAUUACCUCCAUAUCUGAACCCUCGGAGUGUGACAAGAGCAUGCAAGUCCAGCCAUCCUUGAACUUACUUCCCGAAAUACAGACACCACCCCCUGAGGAAAUCUGUGCAACGACGCCCUCUGACCUACAAAUUCCCUGCACUGAAAACACACCUUCACAAGAUGCACCUGUUCUUUCCAUCGACACGUUAACCCCUCCUCCUGAAGCAGAACCUUCGCUACCAGAAAGCAUCGUCAAAGACAAUGGAAGCGCUCCUGUGCUGGAGAAGAAGCGCAAAAGAAAACCCACUCAGAAGAUCCUGGAAUACUGCCUGGAGGCCGAGGCAUCAACAGGCCUCAAGAAGAAGGUCAAAACACUGAAGACUAAUCCACCUCCAACUCCUCAAUCUGACUGCUCAGCACCACCCCUAAAAUCAAAGAGUAAGCCACUUCCAGCAUCAGAGUCCACACCGGCAACGACCUCUGACCUCUGUACACCCACACCUUUGGUUCAGACCAGCACUCCUGCACCUUCUGCUCCAGAGCCGUCUUCGCCAGAACCCGGACAGGAGGAGACGGCACCAGCCGAUGUCGACGAUCCUCAACCGGACGACGGUAAAGCCGAGGACAUCAAAAAGGACGGAGCAGAGUCAGAGGGUGAACCAUCCAGCCUAGACAACAGUUUCUGCUCCAUGAAGGACGACUUGUCACUGUGUGACGACUCACUUUUACCUACGAGGAAGAUCAUAGGGGACCGAGGAGGCCCGGCUUCCAUGAAGGAGAACAUAUGUCAGGUGUGUGAGAAGACCGGGGAGCUGCUGCUCUGUGAGGGUCAGUGUUGUGGCGCUUUCCACCUGCCCUGCAUAUCUCUGGCCGAAGCACCGAAGGGGAAGUUUGUCUGUCCAGAGUGCAAAUCAGGACUCCACACCUGCUUUGUGUGUAAAAAGCGCGGUGAGGAUGUGCGGCGCUGCAUGAUCCCUGUGUGCGGGAAGUUUUAUCAUGGCGAGUGCAUCGCCAACUACGCCCCGACCGUACCCGUGAACAGAGGUUUCCGCUGCUCCAUCCACGUUUGCCUCACCUGCUUCAUCGCUAAUCCCAACAGCUCCAACAUCUCUAAAGGUCGGCUGGUACGUUGCGUGCGCUGCCCGGUUGCCUAUCACGCUACAGAUCUUUGUAUGGCAGCGGGCAGUGUUGUACUCUCCAACAACAGCAUUGUCUGUCCUAACCAUUUCACCCCCCGCCGCGGCGUCAAGAAUCACGAACACGUGAACGUCAGCUGGUGCUUCGUCUGCACUGAAGGGGGCAGCCUACUCUGCUGUGAGUCCUGUCCUGCUGCAUUUCAUCGGGAGUGUCUGAACAUCGAGAUGCCCAAAGGCAGCUGGUACUGCAACGACUGCAAGGCCGGGAAGAAGCCUCGCUAUAAAGACAUUGUAUGGGUCAAAGUUGGGCGCUACAGGUGGUGGCCGGCAGAGGUCAGCCAUCCCAAAACAAUCCCAGAAAACAUCCAGAGAAUGAGGCACGAUGUCGGCGAGUUCCCCGUUCAUUUCUUCGGCUCCAACGACUACCUGUGGACCUACCAGGCCAGAGUCUUCCCUUACAUGGACGUGGACGCCAACAGCAAGGAAAAGAUGGGUAAAGGGGUUGAUGCGACCUACAAAAAAGCUUUGGAGGAGGCGGCUGUGCGGUUCCGUGAGCUGCAGGCAGAGAAGGAGCUUCGGCAGCUUCAAGAGGACAGGAAGAACGACAGGAAGCCUCCUCCAUACAAACACAUUAAGGUUAAUCGACCAAUAGGAAAGGUUCAGAUCUUCACUGCCGACCUCUCAGAGAUCCCCCGCUGUAACUGCAAGAAGACAGAUGAUAGUCCAUGUGGGAUGGACUCCGAGUGUAUCAACCGCAUGCUGCUCUACGAAUGCCAUCCACAGGUUUGCCCGGCGGCCGAGCGGUGCCUCAACCAGGCGUUCACCAAGCGUCAGUACAGCCAAGUAGAGAUCUUUAGGACGCUGUCUCGAGGCUGGGGGCUCCGCUGUGUCCAUGACAUUAAGAAGGGUCAGUUUGUGAGCGAGUAUGUCGGGGAGGUGAUCGAUGAGGAGGAGUGCAGGUCGAGGAUCAGACACGCUCAGGACAACAACAUCUGUAACUUCUACAUGUUAACUCUUGACAAGGAUCGGAUCAUUGAUGCUGGGCCGAAGGGGAACGAGGCACGCUUCAUGAACCACAGCUGUCAGCCAAACUGUGAGACGCAGAAGUGGACGGUGAACGGUGACACCCGGGUGGGACUGUUCGCUCUCAUCGACAUUGCCGCAGGCACAGAGCUCACCUUCAACUACAACCUGGAGUGUUUGGGCAACAGGAAGACAGUGUGUAAAUGUGGAGCAUCAAACUGCAGCGGCUUCUUAGGCCUCAGGCCAAAGAACAACCCCCCGCCUGAUGAUAAAGAUCGCAAGCUGAAGAGGAGAGGUCACGGCAAGAGGAAGAAAAAGGUGGUGUUGACCAAAGAAAGGGAGGACGAGUGUUUCAUCUGCGGAGACGGAGGACAGAUGGUGUCAUGUAAAAAACCUGGAUGUCCCAAGGUUUACCAUGCAGACUGCCUGAACCUCACCAAGAGGCCUGCAGGUCGGUGGGAAUGUCCGUGGCACCAGUGUGACAUAUGCAGUAAGGAGGCUGCGUCCUUCUGCGAACUGUGCGUCAGUUCCUACUGCUGCCAACACCGUGACGGCCUGCUCUUCAUCUCCAAACUGGACGGCAAGCUGUCCUGUAGUGCCCAUGACCCCUGCGGGGAACCGCUAGAAGCAGGCGAGAUCCGAGAGUACACACCUGAACCCACAGCCCUCACCUCGGGGCUGGGCAUGGCGGUCAUUCCCUCCUCUGCUACUAACACUACCUGCAAGGUUAACCCGACUGCCAGGAGGGCCUGGGACAUAAGCACCGGUGCCGGCAUGUGCGCGUCAGAGUCCUUUCCUGCUUUUUCCAUCCCAGUACCUAUCACUAUUCCCGUCGCAGCUCCUGCAACGUCGCCUCCUCCCAGUAGUUCUGAUGCUCCCAGCAGCCCGCACGUGUUCGACCUCCCCCACUACUCGCCCAUCUCCUCAUAUGAGGAGGAGAGGGAUGUCUUGGAGGAAGACCUGUUGGCUGAAGAAGAAGAGGAGGAGGAGGA